CCCGCCCUCUCUGCUGCCAACAGCGUCAACAAUGUUGGCCUGCAGGUCAAGUGUAGUGCGCCUCUCGUCAAGGAGGAAAUUAGCACCAUGGGUCGAUGACAGCUCCCGGUGGCGACGACAUUCGAGUACCAGCAUGUGUCUCGAGUACAGUAAGAACGGCGAUCCAGAGAAAGUGGUCGUGAUGAAAGAAACAACCCUGCCGGCGCCGACUGGAAACCAGGUGCUGAUGAAGAUGCUAGCAGCACCAGUCAACCCGGCAGAUAUCAAUACCAUCCAAGGCGUGUAUGCUGUGCAGCCACCUCUCCCUUCCAUCCCUGGCAAUGAGGGUGUUGGUGAGGUGGUGGCAGUUGGGGAUGAGUGUGGUGGAGUCCUGCAGCCAGGAGACUGGGUCAUUCCACGAGUCAAUGCCAUGGGCACCUGGAGGACACACAUUGUUGCUCCACACACAGAUCUUAUCAAGGUUCCCUCCAAUGCUGACAUGGUGACAGCUGCCACAAUAGCUGUCAACCCUGGAACAGCCUACAGGAUGCUCAAAGACUUUGUUCCAUUGACUUCUGGUGACACUGUCAUACAAAAUGGGGCAAAUUCUGCUGUGGGUCAGGCAGUUAUUCAGAUUGCUGCAGCAUUCGGCAUUAAUACCAUCAAUGUGGUGCGCAAUCGGUCAAACAUUGAUGAGCUCAAAGACUACUUGACAAGAUUAGGAGCAACUGUGGUAGUAACUGAGGAGGAGCUCAGGAAGAGUAAAAGUGUCAAGGCUCUCCCACCUCCACGGCUGGCUUUGAAUUGUGUGAGUGGUCGGAGUGGCACUGAAAUACUCCGGCAGCUGGUACACGGAGGUGUCAUGGUCACAUAUGGCGGCAUGUCUAGACAGCCUGUUAUUGGGCCAGUUGGAUCUCUGAUCUUCAGUGAUGUCACUCUUCGAGGCUUUUGGAUGACUCGGUGGAACAAAGAGCACUUCAAUGAUUCUCAACGACAACAGAUGGUGGAUGACCUCUUCCAGCUUGCACAGAGUGGGAAACUGAAGCCUCCAGACAACACACUUGUUCCUUUUGCCAAUUACAUUGUUGCUCUGAGGAAUGCCAUGCCAAAAGAAGGUAUGUUGGGGAAGAAGCAGAUACUUCUGUUUUAGUCUCAGUAAGAUAUUCACUCAUAUGCUGACGGCAUAUCCCCUGACUCAAUUAAGUUAGCUGUGAAUUUGAUAAAAUAUUGGCUGUGAAACAAAGUUAAUUAUGAUCCAAUGGAUUUAGUGUAUAUCAAGGUAUUGUAUUCCCAAGGUUUGAAUAAUGAAUUUCUUCAUUUCUUCUGUUAAGUUUAGUCAAAGUAAAUCCUUGAAUUACUGCUUAGCAUUUCCACAAAAAACUAUGGAAUUAUGCAAGAAAGUUUGUUUUGCCCAACACCAUAAGGAGAUAAGAUGCAGAGUCUGGAUGGUAGUCAUGGCUUGAAUCUUUUCCAGAGGGAUAUAAUUCCUAUAAAAUGUAAGUAUUAUAAUAAUUAGUGUAUUCUGUUCACAACUAAGAAGUCAGUCAUUAAAGUAAGUCACUAGCUAUAUUGAGACAAUUUAAUCCCUGUCACACCAUAUCUUCUAUUCACUAUGAAUGAACUGGUACAGUAGUUUUGCCACCUGGGGACAAGCAGACAUGGUAAUGCUACCUGGUGAUAAUUGCACCCUUUGAUAGGCUUGAGUUUUGUAAUUUUAUCUUGUCUUUAUUUAAAAGAAACCUCAUUUCACAAAUACAAAUAAUGUAUUUUAUAAAUGAAUGAGAAUUUAACAGGAAUACAAAAUAAAUUCAUCACAUGUUUCAAAUUAAGGCAAUCUUAUGUAAUCCAGUCAGCUAGUGAGUGUGUGCCAAAUUAUCAUCACUGUGUUUGUCAUUAAAUUGCAAAAUUACUGGCACCAUAUUCUAUAUAGAAAAUAGGAAAACCUGCAAACUCAUUGCAGAACUGUAAACUUAUGUGAAUGUGAUGUCUUGUAGAGGUAAGAGUCUUGAUCAUGAAGGUGGUGCAGUGUUGUCCUGCACACCCUCAAAUGGUCCAUCCCAACAUAAUGAAGGAAGAAAAAUAAUUAACUACAAUUUCUUUACAUACAAAACUUUAUUUCACAAUAAUUAUAAUUACCCAUCCACAUUUGGGGCCAAGAACCAAAAGAUUUCAGACUAUUCUACAAGUAUUUAAAACUGUACACAGCCCCUAAGUCAUACAUACUUUGAGUAGGUUGACCACUCUCACAUAACAAUUUAACUCCUUCACUACAAAGGAUUGAUAAGGAGGGCAGUGAUGUAUGCAAAGGUUUGACUGCCAAGCAAUACAUUUUUAGAACUUGAAUCCUGGCUGCUGCCAUCAGGAAGAUCCAUUAUGAACAGAAAAUGCGUAGAUUGGUGAACAGCAGCCAGCCAGUACAAUCUGGUGACCCAAGAGUAGUGUUGCCACAAUACAUCCCUUAAUUAUUUAAUGAUUUCACUUCCCAACAAAAGGAGAGGAGCAGUGUGGCUCUAAGCUGGAGAGCCAUACAUGUCAGGCCAUUGGGUCUAUUGGAGAGCAAGACAAACUGCCUCUCUAGCCUUAUAAAGGGAGUAAUAACACUAAGGAUGAGGCUUCAGCCAUUAUAGUGAAGGAGUUAAUGACUAGUGAACACAGUACAUUACUAAACCUGUCACAUGUUCAACAUUUCUUAUUUUUCAGUAUCACCCUUAUUUGGAGAAAUGACAUUAAUAGUGAAUUACAUUAAUGCCAAACUAUGAUACCCAUUUUGACUGCCUUCACCAUGUUUGACACCUACAUCCUUCCAGGGAAUCCCUGGAGGAAAUGGUGACACAUUAAAUUUGCAAACACUAGUGUGUAAAAAAGAAAAACUGUAGUUGUAUGUUUUUUCUCAUCUGUUCUAGAAAAGAAUAAAUAAUUAUAUAUAAAUAAAAACUAAAUAUAAAUGUAGUCCUGAGAAUUCAACAUACUAAGUCUUACUUGAAACAGUAUUUGAAAUGCAUCUUUAUGUAUACGUACAUCAUAAAUAUGAAAAUGCUAAUCUUUACACAUCACAGUUAUGUCAUUUGAAAAACAUCCAUGAAAACAUUCUCUGUUCCCUAUGCUACAGCUUACACUUUAGUGCCUUGGUAUAACAAGCGUUUUUGUAUCAAAAUACAUCGUUGGGCAUAAAUACUUACCUAC